UCCGGGCGGCCGCGCAUCCUCGGCCCUCUCCCGCGCGCUCUGCUAUCUCUGCCGCCUUCUGCUCCUCUGCGCUCGGUUCUGCUCCACUCCGCUGAGCUCCGUCGGCUGUGCUCCAUCUGCACCGCUCAGUGCUCAGGCGCGGGCCGCCAUGAGGCUGCGGGGCCGCGGCCCGCGGGCCGCCCCCUCCUCCAGCUCUGGAGCAGGCGACGCGCGGCGGCUAGCGCCCCCGGGGCGGAACCCCUUCGUGCACGAACUGCGGCUGAGCGCCCUGCAGAAGGCCCAGGUGGCUUUCAUGACGUUGACGCUGUUCCCCAUCCGGCUCCUGUUUGCUGCUUUUAUGAUGCUGCUGGCCUGGCCCUUUGCACUUGUGGCCUCCCUGGGACCGCCCGAUAAGGAGCCAGAGCAGCCCAUGGCCUUGUGGAGGAAGGUCGUGGACUUCCUGCUCAAGGCCAUCAUGCGUACCAUGUGGUUUGCUGGUGGCUUCCACCGAGUGGCUGUGAAGGGGCGGCAGGCCCUGCCUGCGGAGGCUGCUAUCCUCACACUCGCGCCACAUUCCUCCUACUUUGAUGCCAUCCCCGUCACCAUGACCAUGUCCUCCAUUGUGAUGAAGGCGGAGAGCAGAGACAUCCCAAUCUGGGGAACUCUGAUAAGGUACAUUCGACCUGUGUUCGUGUCUCGAUCUGACCAAGACUCUCGAAGAAAAACAGUGGAAGAGAUCAAGCGACGGGCACAGUCAGAUGGAAAGUGGCCUCAGAUAAUGAUUUUUCCGGAAGGAACAUGUACAAAUAGGACCUGUCUCAUUACCUUCAAACCUGGUGCAUUUAUUCCUGGAGUUCCUGUCCAGCCUGUGGUGCUACGCUACCCAAACAAACUGGAUACCAUCACAUGGACGUGGCAAGGACCUGGAGCGUUGAAAAUCCUGUGGCUCACUCUGUGUCAGUUUCAGAACCAAGUGGAAAUUGAGUUCCUGCCCGUGUAUUGCCCAUCUGAGGAGGAGAAGAGGAAUCCUGCCUUGUAUGCCAGCAAUGUGAGGCGUGUCAUGGCCAAGGCCCUGGGUGUCUCGGUAACCGACUACACAUUUGAGGAUUGCCAGCUGGCUUUGGCAGAAGGACAACUCCGCUUGCCUGCUGACACCUGUCUGCUAGAGUUUGCCAGGCUCGUGAGGGGCCUUGGACUGAAACCAGAAAAUCUUGAAAAAGAUCUAGACAAAUACUCAGAGAGUGCUAGGAUGAAGAGAGGACAGAAGAUUGGGCUCCCAGAGUUCGCAGCCUACUUGGAGGUUCCCGUCUCAGAUGCGCUAGAGGACAUGUUCUCACUGUUUGAUGAGAGUGGCGAUGCUGAGAUAGACCUCCGUGAGUAUGUGGUCGCCCUAUCUGUGGUGUGCAGGCCGUCCCAGACCCUAGCCACCAUCCAGCUGGCAUUCAAGAUGUAUGGAUCUCCUGAGGAUGGCAGCAUAGAUGAGACCAACCUGUCCUGCAUCCUCAAGACUGCCCUGGGUGUAUCAGAAUUAACAGUGACUGACUUGUUCCGGGCUAUUGACCAAGAGGAGAAGGGAAGAAUAACAUUUGAUGACUUCUGUAAGUUUGCAGAAAUGUACCCCGACUUCGCGGAGGACUAUUUGUACCCUGACCAGACACAUUUCGACAACUGUGCACAAACACCCCCAGCACCAACUCCCAAUGGCUUCUGCAUUGACUUCAGCCCUGAAAACUCAGACUUUGGGAGAAAGAAUUUUUGUAAGAAAGUGGACUAGAAUGGAAGAUUCUGGAGGGACGAGGUCCCUCUUGCAUCACCACCUGCCUCCAGUGGUCUGGAGCCUGUUUGUGUAUCUACGUUUCCCUGUCUUGUCAUGCCAUCUCUGUAUGUUUGCAGACCCGUAGUCCGAAAGACUUGUGAUGUGUUUAUUUUCUGUCUCAGGGCCCAGCUGGGCAUUUGCAGGGAAGCUGUGUGCAUACCCCACCUGCCCAUUGCAGGCAGGCAGGCAGGCAGGCAGGCAGGCAGGCAGGCGGGUGCUCCGGGCCUCCCUGUGGGGCAGGACUCCACAGGCUGAGUGGGCACAGGCAUGGAUGGCUGUGUGCUCACCUAGAAUUUGCUGGUCUUGAGUUUGUCAGUCUUUUUCCCUCAUUGUCUGUAUGGUGUGCACAGUGCAAGGCGUCUGCACACACCUGUCCUGGAGCAGUCACCUUGUCCUGAGUCAGUGCCUCUGCCAUCUCUGGCUCACACGUGAUGGGGCAUCAUCCGAUUGUAAGUGUUUCUGUGUCCAUGCAGGACCUCAUGACUAUUUUAUAAACCUCACUUGGGUACUUUGGAAAACAUUCAACAUUUUUUUAAAAAAGAAAAUUGGUUUUCUACUUCAUUUUUCGUGUUAACAUACAGAUAUUUAUUUCCAGACUUGUUCUUGAUAGACUUUGAGGUUGUCUCGGGUGGCCACAGUUUAAAGGCUCUCUCUGCCCUCCUCCUUAUUUAGGUCCAUGGGAGGGACAUUUAGCCACAAAGACUAUCUCCAGGAUGCUUUCCUUAAGCCUUCCUGAAUCCCCAUCUUUUUUUAUAAGCAUUGCCAGUUUGGUAUUUCAGUUUCCACAUAACAAAAUCUACUUCAUGUAAAUGGUGAAAGCAUUGAAUGUGAGUAAAGAAUCGAGCAGAGGAAAAGAACGGAAAGCUGUCCCCUUGCCUUUAUGAUGUCAUUCUUGCUCUCGGAGCAGACAGACUGACAUUGGCCAGGAGGCCCUGUCCUCCGCACCAGUUACCAUGGUGACAGCUGCAGGGGACAGACUGCACAGUUUGCUGUGCUUGGCCCCCCAUGAAGUCAGGCAGGCAGAGGGCCCAGACUGUCACCUGAGGCAUUGCCUGGUUUCAUGGAGUUUUGUUUGUUUUUUGCUUUUGACAAACUCAUCCUAAAAGCACAACAGAGACCGUAGUUUUAGUUUGUUUCAUAAGCAAUGAUUGCUUUGGAAUUUUGUUUUUACUCCUAAAUUAGAUUUUACAUUCGAGGCAUUACUGUAGAAAAAUGACCACCAGGCUUUUUAAGUGCAGGAACAGGUGUGUACUAACUUUCUCAGAGAAAGUGUUAGUGUGUGCUUCCCCAAGAGAAAUACAUAAACAGAACCCCUCGACCUCAGCCACACAGCACCACACUGCCGCAGGAUGGGCAGAGAGCUUGGUUUCUGGGCUCUUAGCUUGUUAGGUUUGAAUGAAAUGUGAACACAGCCUUUGUAGCCGACCAGUUGGUUUUUAUAAUUAUAGAGUACAAAUUUUCAGAAGAGAAAAGCCACUAAAAGGCCAAUGAAGGAGACUAAUGAACUAAGAUGUCCCGAGGCUGGGGCUCUGCCCCACCAUCUGCAAGUGAAGGAUUCCCAUGGAAUGCCAUUGGGCAUGUGAGGAGAUCCCGAGCAGACCUGGGGCGGAUGUUCAUUCUCCGGAUUACUCUUGCUAGUACCUUCAGUCCGCGCGUCAGAACUGUGAAUGUACUUAGCGGGCAGGGGCAGUGGCGGUGCCCGCCCUGCCCGCAGGCUCCUUUGGGGUGCGGUCUUCAGGUUUUCAGUGAAAUAAACACAAUACAUUGUAAA